GAAUCUUAUCGCUUUCAUGUAAGUGAACAAAAUCAAUCUUUUAACUCGUUUCAUCAUCAUACUAAACACUACAUGAAAAUUAAAGAAUUACCUUUACAUUCAGUUCACAUUUAACUAACAAACUUGGACCGUCGGACGGUAUCUGGCUGGUAUUCAGAAAAAAACCUAUGAAGAAAAGGAAAGUGGAAGAAAGAUCGGCCGAAACAAAACUGCCGAGACGAGAGGAGAGCAGCAAAGUAUUCAAGAUCUGAAAAUUGUAGUGCACCUGCUACAAAUAUGGCCAUUCCAUUUUUAUUGCCGUCCGACGACGAAGCGGAGGUCCAGGGACAGGAGCUGGAGCAACUGAUGCUCGCUUUGUACGCCGCUCUGCAACAGGUCCUCCGAAACAGGAACGACCAGCAUCCGUCACGAAAUCAUCGGUUGCCACGAAGAAUGGGCGACGAUCGGCAUCCAAUGGUUCUGGUGGACUCGGAUUUGGCUCGUAUGCCGCUGCCGGAUUUGGUGUUGUCUGCCGUGGAGCAACUUCCACCCGCUGCGCCCCAGGUGACCGUAUCUGCGCCCAGCAGCCCAACCAGGGACGCGACAUUUCAGUUUCCGGAAGCCAGCAAUGAUGAGAACGGCGUGGCACCGGUGCCAAACCCAAGGCCACGACCGCGAAGACGCAGACUUGCCUCAGAGGGUGGUAGCUCCGCGGCCGUGAAGAAGACAUCCACCGUAAAGUCAAUUUGCAAGUGCUGCUGCGGCCACAUUGGACAGGCCUUCAAUGGAAGUUACUGGGCGACCGUAGGCGCCAACCUCAGGAACAUCGCCGACGAUUUCCACGCGUCAAAGACCAAGGCUGCCGAGAUCGAGAAGUCUCGACUGAGCGCGAUGAACCCAAGCUUCGCAAACACGAACAACACGAGCGGAUCCACCGACAGCUUCCUGUCGUUGCUUAUCCCAGCUCCUCUCCGCGAGACCUUGUGGACGACGGUGGCCCUGUAUCUCGGAUGGAGGUUGGUCUCUCGCCUUCGAUAGGCGCAACAGAAUUGUCGUUUCGUCGUCACGACGAACGACUACGAUGCUUCGAGAACUCGAAGAAUGAUUACCCAAGCUUGGAGCCACAUCAGGGACAACCAGUACGACGUGUCGCUACUUGGUAAACCAGCAACUGUUCCUUCUUGGCCCGUUACACGCACUACGUAUGUCCGGAUACCAUCGUCCGGUAUCGAUUAUUCGAAGGUCGAAAGACCGAUGGGUAACCAGCAGGAAGGGCUCUGCUUGGACGAUUCCCGCUGGACGUCCUACCGGGAUAUCCAACGCGAUAUCUUGUAUGAUUUAUUUUCUAUGUAUGCGUGUCUAUCGCCUUCCGCGGUCGAGAAUGCACUAAUGCUAUAUCGCCCUCGUCCUGUCGACGGUGAUGUUUCGAGCGAGGAUGAAUACUCGGAGGAUGAGGAGGACGAGGAGGAGGAAGUCGAAGAAUUCGACGAAUACGGAGGUAUAGAUAGCGGUAUUGACGACGGGGAUGACGAGGACGACGAGGGUGGAGCUUGUCAACUCGUUACUUGUCAAGGAGUCAGAGUUAUCUGAAGACAAGUACCAUUUCAUACUUCUCUGAUGUUUGUUGUUUGACGAUGAUUCGAUGUAAAAAGGAGACCGAUGUCGCGUACGUUCGAGUAACUCUGCCUCGACGACGACGAGUAACGAUCAAAGACUCGCAUCCAGAGUCCGUGUUCUUUUUGAUUUGUCUUUUUUUUUUAAUGUUCCGCAUCGACAUCGGUCAAGAUCACGGUUACUUAGAGCUGUAGUUAGUAUCAUCUUGCUCGAGAGAGUUCAUCAUCCGCGUGAUCGUCGCGCGAUGGACUCUGGAUACAACAUCGACUCCCAGGUGUAUUCUCGCCCGCAGCAGCGAUCGACGUGUAUUAUCGAACACCGACUGUUCGUUCGAUCAUGCCGAUCGUUCGCCUUCAGGUUAUAUUGCAUGGUAGAAAGUUAGGAAGAUAAUAUAAAUAUAUACAUAUAUAUAUGUAUUGAUUAUUAUAUAUAUAUUAUUAUAUAUAUAUACUGAUUAUUAUAUAUAUAUAUUAUUAUAUAUAUAUAUUUCUCCCGGGUGAAUUUACAGAUAAUAUUCGAAUAGAAUGAAUGGCGAAAGUGACGAUCGCAUUGUGACACUGGUCUUGGUGAGGGUGACGGGGAGCUAAGGACGAGAUCCAAAGAGGACUUAACCCAAUAAUCAAAUGAUGAUCUCAUUACAGAUAUAAAAUAAAAAAAAUUAAAUAAAGUAGUAUGAUCACGAGAACGAAACAGAGUAGACAUGCAUAUUUUCGUUUCUCCGUACAAUUUUACUUUGCUCUCCUUUAUUCUGUGUUUUUUCUUUUUUUUUAUUAUGCAUUUGCUUAAUUUCUCGUUACUCGUAAGACAUCUCUCUGUUCCGUUCCCGUCGGUAGGAAGUAUUUUGACGUGGCUUGUAGAUAACGCGAUUACCUAGCCGAUACAGGCAAGGCAGAACUCUAUCUGAGAUAUUAUGAUACUGCGCCAUGUCGUCCAUGUCGUUUCGCGGACGAUCAAUGAUCCUCAAGGAGAAAAAGAUGAAAAGAAGAUAGAGAAAUGUGCCAAGACACAUUUGUCGACAAUUUGAUUCACGCGAUUUAAGGUAUUCGGAAUUGAUCGAUUAAAGGGUCGAUUAAUUACGAUUUUUGAAGAAGAACGACCGUGGAUUAAGAUCGAUAUCGUUAGACGUUCAUGGCGAUGGUCGAAUCAUUUGUAUAUACAAAGAUUUUCAAGGGGAGCUUCUCUCUCUCUUUCUCUCUAACUCUCUCUCUCAGUAUAUUCCAAAAGUAAAAGAACAAAAAAAAAAAAAUGAUACUAUGAGAAGAAAAACUCAAAGAGAAUAAAGAGAAGAAGAAAAGAUAAGAUGUGCGAUUGAGCAGGUAGGGAAACGGACGAGGACAUGUAACGUGAAGAGGGGAGCAACGUAUUGUAAUUGUAUAGAGGAUUUAACUAAAAUAAUUAAAAUUCAGUAAAUAAGUCGACGUUUAAUAAUUAAAGUAGAUAAUCGAUAGAUCGAGGAUCGCAGCAUCUUAAUUGGCUAGCUGCGUGUCCCGUGCACAGUUUUCAAAUGAUCUCCGGUAGCUUAGCUCUUAGUGGCGCCCUCCUCCACGAAGGACGCCCUUCAUGACACUCGUGACAAAGGAUGAGAAAUCCUUUGCUCCUGUGUGUCAUUUUUUUUCUAUCUUUCUCUACUAUCUUUCGUUUCAUAUUCCACAUAUUUUUCUCCUUUUUCUUCUUCUUCUUCUGCUCACAGUGUCUUUCGCCGUAACGUUCACGCUUUUUUCUUGACGAUCGACGCUCGCGUCUCGUCAUUUCCAUUUUUUUUUAAACAAGCUCAUUCUCUUCGCUCUCUUUCACUUAUCCUUUUUUCUCCGCUUUUGCUCUUAUUUUCCUCUUCUAUCUUGUUAUUCAUCGAUUUUCACGAUUCCGUGUUCUUUGAACGAUCAUUUUUUAUUUGAUCUCGUUAAUUAGCAUAUAUUUAGGUCUUGGUUGUUUCAUAUAUUCGCGAUUCCAUGCCGCGUCCCGCCAAAAUUGGCGCGAACGUUCGUAGGAAGCUGAAAGUGGAAUUUAUAAUUAAAGGAUAGUUAGAGUAUCCCUGUUUCGAACCUCGUGCUGAGAGUCUCGAACGGGAUGAAACCAAAAUCAUCAUAAGGCUGUCGAUACGAUAGUGUAUUCCCGUGGACCGUUCUAUCUGUCUCUCUGUCUCUAUCUCCCGAGUAAAGACUUCUCCUUUUUUAUAUAUCUAUUUUUUUUUAAUUAUAUACAUAUUAUACAUAUAUAAUUAUGUAUAAUAUACAUAUAAUUAUUAACAUUUUUAUUACAAUUCUUAUUAUUAUAUUAUUAUUGAUAAUAAUAUUAUUAUUUUUUAUUAUUGUUUGUUUGCCCAUUUUUUCUUCCACCUUAGAUAAAUGAUAAGAUUUCGUGACGUUCUUCGUCAAAGUAUUCCAUUGUGUAGAAAAUAUAGUAGUAUUUAUUUAUAGAUAAAAACGUAUUCAUAUAAGUCUAAAUAAGAUUGUACGAAUAUUCGCGUUAAUCGUACUUCUCGCGAGAUAAUUAAUACUGCCAUUCGUCCUAAUGAUGAAACGCGCGUGAGAGAUGUGUGUCGUUUAUUGAAUGAAUGAACGAGUGCACAGAGAUGUAACAGAAGCUGUCAGCUCUGCCUGAAUGCUUCUUCGAGGUAGCGUGUAUAUUUUUUCCCUCUAAACGAGAAAAGUAAAGACACGCCACUGCAUAGAGAGGGAACACCCUUUAGAAAGAAAGCGUGCAGAAAGGAAGGAUGAUUGUUUGAUUGAUUCUCCGAGGAAGAAUUUCGAUUGGUCGCGUAUAGGUGAGCCAAGUGAACGCGAGUACGUAUUCGCGGAAACCGUUGGUUGCUGUUUCAUCGUCUGGCCAAUUCGAAAUAGUUCGACGGAUGGAUUACCUAGAGUCUCUUGAUGUUCUCGUCGUAAAAAUAGUAAUUUAAUAUAACGUAUUUUGCACUGACUACUCGUCGCCAGAAAUCAUCGAACAUGUUUCUGGGGAGCACAAGUUCUGUGCUGAGCCGAGCAUUUCUUUCGUUCCACCCUGUGAUUUCGUCCGACGUGUGUUCGUUUUUGUUCUUUCUUUUGGUUGAAUUAAUUGGCGAUAGUAUGUUUGACAGGUGGUUAAAUCGUAUCGUAUCUUUAAUCGUGUUCCGUUAGAUCGAUGAAGAAUUAUCGUUUGAAGCUUGAGUGACAUUUUGUUCGACGUGGUUUUUCACGGUAUUGCCCUAAUCAUCUCCUCGUUCCAUGGUAGUUAAACUUGGUUAGAGGUUCAGCAGAAACUUGUCUCCGGUUUUCUCGUCGUUUACUUUGUUUUCUAGAAUCUGUUUAAGUUCUUUGUCGAUCGAGUUUUCUUCUCUCCUCUCUAUUUACCCGAGGAGGGGGUAAACACGAGAGUGAGCAGGAUCGUCGUACAAUUGUGAUGUAAUAAGAUAGUAACUGCCAUUGGCGUCGUGAGAAGGGAGCCGGCGAACAGGGCUCUCAUCGCGCUCGCGAAACCUUUCUAUAUUAGCAUUCCGACCAAAGGAAAAGGAAGUAGUUUGAACGUGAACGUCGUGUGCACGUAGUUAAACACAAAAUAUUUUUUCGUUUUUAUUAGAUAUCUUUUUCCCUUCCUGUUCGUUCCCUGCAUUAUCGCGGUGAAAUCUGCGCCAAGAGAUGGCCUUUGAGUCCGCCGCGGCUAUACUUAAUGAAAUCUCUCUCUUUUCGUUUGCGUUCUUUCAUUUUUUAAUUUUUGCCUAUAUCCUCUUUGCGCGUACGUUAGCCAACGUAACGCGCAAAGGGGGAAAAAUGAAAUAGAGCACCGAAAAACACGAACAAAUUUUUGCCCUAUGCAAAACAUAGCCCCGUUGUAGGUUUAAGAGUCAGAGUAAAAGAGAACAAUUAAAGAGAUAAAAUAGAAACCGAGGAAAACGCGAUUAGUAAAACGAAAUAGAAGCUAUUACUACCAGUCGAGCAAACGAUAAGCCAAUCAAGCACAUGGGAUUAAGAUUAAACGCGACCACAGGAAAUAAGAAAAAAUGCAUGUACAUAGCCGCUUGUUCGUGGGGCCGUAAAGUACCAUAACUGUCUACGAUUUGCUAUUGUCCCCUGAGCCCUUUUUUUUUUUAAUUCUCUACUUUUUUUUCUUUUUUUUUUUCGUUUUCUUUACGGUAUCCUUUCCACCCGUCGUCUGUUCAUUUCGUAUUACUUUCCUUUUCAUGUUUUGGUUUCAACUUUACCACGCUUUAGAAAAACGGUAAAAAAAGCCAACAAUCCUCCUCCCCUUAAUAGAAGCAUUUUUACGUAGCGUAGUAGUCAGCCAUAUUGAGAACGUAUUAAUUAUAUAAAUAAACAUGAAUAAAAGUAUAUAUAUUAUAAUGGAAAACACUUAUAUAUAUAAAUAUAUAUAUAUAUUUUAAAUGGUAUAUUUGGAUAUAUAUUAUUAUCGAAAUGCUAUUUCGAGGCAUAUUGUGCGACAUAAAAAAUAUAAUGGUAGUGAUGUAUCUCAAAAGGGUGAGCCCGGAGAGAGAAUGAACGAUUGAAAAACAAAAGAAAGGAUUUUCGAGGGAAAAAAAAAGAAUCGGAAAGAAGAAAGAAAUGUGGAGGUGUUUCUCGUUUGAAAACGAUGAUUUUUCCUUUGAGAUUGAUAAAAAUCGGAAAAUGACAGCCGAGGCUGAAAUAUAAGCUGUAACUGUGACAAUGUGGAUCGUGGGGGGCAGGCUGUGUUACGAAUUUCUUCCUUUUCGACCUUGUUAUAAAUUUUACUCGAGGACCACUGGCCGAUUUCUUCGAUUGAUCUUAACCGAGAGCCAUGUUUUAGUCGACAGAAGAAACAAAGAAAUAAACUCUUCAUAAGUCGAGUCAACAAUUUUCUGAAUCAUCGAAGAAAAUCACAAAAAAGAAAAAAAAAAAAACAGUCCAGAGUUCAAACAGAAAUCAAUCAGCUCAAUCAGAUCGAAGAUAAAAAGAAAGGCUAGUCUCACGAGUAACUGGCCAACCAAAUAGCUAAAGUCGAACAAAAGCAGCCCGCCUAUCCGAGAUCCCCGCGCGUCAAAGCGUCACUGUGAUCUCGUAAUUAUUAAUGAAAUAUCUGAUUAUUGUAACGAAUAAUCGUAUGAAUAUUAUAAUGUACCCGUUCCCUUCACCCCUUCCCAAUUAUCCCCCUAACUCUCCGCAGGAGUAAGAGAGAGAAUGACCCCGUUUAAGGGUAAAGAAAACGUGUUCGAUUCUCGUAUCGGGAUCGAGAGCAUCCUAUACCUCUCGUAUUUUGUUUCUUUCGCCGUUUCGUUUCGUUUUCGUCUCGCUCUCUUUCCUAUUUCUAUAUAAACCCUAUCCUUCUUUACUACUCUCUGCUUUUUCCUUUUUCUCUUUUUUUUCUUUUUUUUUUUUUAAUUCGUUUCAACCAAAUGAAUUGGUGAAUCGAAAGAUUAAUUCCCUCUUGUACGUGUUAGCUCGUAAUCAUAAUCGUUAAUUGUAAAACGAAACUUUCCAAUGAUCUCUCGGUGGCGCGCUCCAAGAUGAGCAAACUGGUCUAUCAACGGCUGGCGUGUUCUAAUUUUCUUCGCAAUUUUAUUCGCUUCAUUUUCUAUCGUCUUCAUCGACUCUCUUUUUUCUACUUUUUAUCUUCGUCGUCAGGAUCAAACGAUAUCGACACCUCGUUCUUUUUCCUCUUCCCCUCUCUUGAUCGCGCCACCGAACUUUUUACUACGAACGAAGCGGGCGAGCAAAGGGACGCUCGAAGAAGGCAAAAACGAAAGCGUGGAAAAUCAUCAAAAACAGUCUACGUUGCGGGCUAGAUCGGUGAAUGAUCUCGCCCGAUGAUUCUAAGCUAAGUUUACCACAACGGAAAUUGAUUAUUUCGCUGUACGUUCCGCGCUCCAUUAAACGCCCGCGAGCUUAUCCUUGUAUCGAUCAUUCAUUAUGGUUAAUUAAUCGCGCGUAUCAAACCACCGCCAGUUGCAUCGUGAUAACUGUAAGCUUUCGAGGUUACAACACGGUGUUUGAUAGGUGAUAGACUAGUCUUUUAUCGGACCAGUCAUUGAGAUUCUUCUAUUUCUUGUUUUAUUUCGUCCUUUUCUCUUUCUUUUUUUUUUUUUUUUUUUUUUUUUUUUUAACAAAAUGAACUAAGAUACGGAGAUCUGUUGUUCUUCCUCUGUAUUUACUGUUUAUUUGUAUCUUUUAUACUUUGACUCGCGUGUGUGUUGUCGUUUUGUUCUUUUCUUCGAAGGUAUUCCGGUUCCGUUUCGUUCGUUCGUGGGAUAAUUUUCAAUUUCGUCGAUGUUCGUCGAUCGAGAUCGAGCAUAUCGUUAUUUGACAAGAACCUUCAAUCUCGAACAAGACAAUGUUCGAUUUCAUCCGAUUCUUCUUACCUAUCGACGUAGCGCACCAUGAACGAUAUAUAAAACUUGAAUCUCCCGCCAGUAUUUAAGCCGAGGUUUUCUCGAGUUGCUCGUGUGCCCUACGAUGUUUCCAACGACUUUUAUCUAAAAUCCGAGAAUCGCUAUCGAGCGAGCCCCGACUCAAUUGCAAAGAAAAAAGAAGAGAAAUCGUAAAGCGUACUGUAUUUAACGAAGAGAAUAAUAAAAGAGAAAAUUGCAAAUAAUGAAUGAAAUUAGGGGAUACUUACACGUAUACACCUAUACACGUACAUACACAUACACGAGUAUACAAAGACAAUGACAUAAGUGUUGCAUAAUCGCGCGUGUGAUCGAGCGAACGUGAAAGAAGAAAAAAAAAAAAAAAAGAAAGGAAGAGAGAAUUGGAGAUGUUUCAUUUGCUCAGACUGUCCUUAAGUUUGCCAUAAAAAGAAAAAGAGAAAGAAAGAGAACUUAAGAUUUUGCGAGACUUGGCGAUUUUUUGCGGUCGAAAGCUCGCGAGUCUCGUAGAAUAACGUUUUUAUAAUGCGUGUUGCGUAUUUUUCAGGUGCCAACGAUGGCAAAUUAGCCACCGCGAAUUUCUUUGUAACUCCUAAAAAGCGAAGCACGUUGCCAUUUUGUCGUAUCGAUAUUCGCCCAUUUUGCGAUUCCGCUUCAUCGAUGGUAUCUAUCUGUCUGUCCGUCUGUCUGUCUGUCUGUCUGUCUGUCUGUCUGUCUCUCUUUCUCUCUCUCUCUUUCUCUCCCUCUCUCCCUCUAGAAGUGACUCACAAAACCGUCUGUCAGUUAUUUUCAUUUUAUUCAUACAGCCAAGAAAUCAGUUUCUAUUUACUCUGUGUAUAGUAUCUACAAAAUGCAAGGGAAAUAAACGACAGAGAAGAAAAAGAAACAAAGUUCUUCCUGUCUAAUUAUGAAAAUUCCAACAUGAUUUUUAUUCUACAAAACUAACGUUCGAUUUCAAUGGAGUCACGUCUAAGAGACAUAAUAAUACUUAGCCUGUAAUAUCCGACCGUGUGUAAUCGUAAUUGAAUGUGCCCCACUUAAACGUAAGACGAUGAUUGUUCGUACCCCUUAAACGCCUAAUUAAACCUAAAACAAACAAAAGUAAAAAAAAAUCACGAAAAAAAAAAGAGUAAUAACGUUACCUGUAGCCAAAUGUCCCGUGGACCAUAUAGACCGCCGCGAUCUGUUCGUAACACUAUAUGCGAGAGAGAAAGGGCUAGAAAACGUGUGAUCGAGACGCGGAGGGACCAAUCUUUCUCCCUUGGUCCCUCGUUCGCGAGUGCGUAUGAGAGUUGCGUGAAAGUUAGAGAGACAACGAGGCGAGCGAAACAAAGCGUUUCGCGAUGCCUUUCUACGUUGAGAAAAAUCCGCGAAAACGAAACGAAACGAGAGCCGAGAAAAACGUACGAGAAAGGAAUAAAGAGGACGAAGAGAGGAAUAAAAAGAGGCGUGGCGACUCUCAAGCCGUUUGUAAAGCUCGCAGCAACCUUGUGAUAGAGUCUGGACUUAGAGAAAACCUGUUCACCUUUGCUACUUUCCUUCUUUUUCCCCCCUGCUCGAGAGAGGCGAAGAAGCGAGAAACGUGAAGAGGAAAAACGGUCGUUCCUCGAUCGUUCCUGGGUUCUCUCGCUUGGCUCGGACGAACGAAGACGAUUUUCUUUCGCGUGUACGCGCUAGAGAAAGAAUGAGAAAGGGAUCGCGGGGAGAAAGAAACGAAAGCAGCGAAACAAUGAACGAGAGACAACAGAGAGAAAUAUAUAUAUAUAAUAUAUAUAAUAUAUAUAUUGUAUAUGCUUAGAUGCGUAUAGUAGAAGUGUUUUGCGCGCGAAAACGUUUUAUUGCGAAACGCGGGAAAGAAAUAUAUAUAUAUAUAUUUUGAAACGAAAUUUCGUCCAGCUGACCAAUCCAAAGAAGCGACCAAAUAAACGAAGGAGAGGGAUGACGAUGCGAGCCGUUGCAUAACGCUUGAGAUGCUUAGAACAAAACAAACAAAAGAAAAAAAAAAACGAAUAAAAAUGAGAAUAAAGAUAAAGAAAGGCAGGAAAAGAAGAGAGACAAAAGAAUAUGAAACAAACACAAAUUUUUCUACUCUGUACUCUGUAUAACUUGUAACUCCGUAAACGUGUGUGUAAGAGGAGAACUUCUUUCUCUCUUUCCUUUUUAGGAGUUUUUGCGUUUUCGCUUAACGACUGUCCCGAUGCGAGUGAUUGGACGGAAGACGUACGGCGGUCAACGUGAUAUGUUAUUUACAAGCGUAAAAUAUCGUAUUAUGUAACAGGCCCCCCUUAUAUCACGUGUAAGUGAGAAAAGUACGGUAUCUACCGUUAAUUUAUUUUUUGUCUUCUUCCAAUUCUUUUUUUCCUUUUCUCUCUGUUCUUUUUACUUUUCUACUUCGCUCCUGCCUCUCUUUACGUUUCUUUCAUCCUAUUUUCGUUUCCAUACCCUCUUCUCACUCAUUUUUUUUUUUUUUUUUGUUUUAACUUGUUUCUUCUUUGGUUUUCUCUUAAAUGAUUAUUCGAGCGAAACGAGAAAUCGAAAGAUUAUACGGUCCGAUCGUUUCAUCGAUUUCUCGGUAAGAAAAGAGAACAAGAAAGAAAAAGAAAAGGAAUGCGCCGUAUUCUACGAAUCUUACGCAUCCCUUUGGAGGGCGCGUAAACGCCGCGACAUUUCACUUCUCUAUUCUUGCGUUCUCGAGCUCUGUUUCUUCUUUUUGUCGUGCAUCUUUCACUCUUCAUUUUCCUUCCUUCAUUUCCGUCAAGAUUCUUUACUCUUCAAUGCGAAGGUACGGCCACGAGUUUGCCCAUUCAUCGUUGACCACUUGGAUCUUUUCCUCGACUAAAAUAAAGAAACGAUAUCUUCUAUAUCGCUUUUUAUUAAGAAAAAUUCAAACCGAGCAUCGAUAUCAAGAAAUCAACGAAGAAUAAGCAAACCGAAGCCCGAUCAUACGAUGCUGUGUUAUUUAAGUCACUACCGAACUAUGUUAUUGAUUACUUCUGGUUUUAGUUUAUGACAAUUUUUUUAUGUUAUUAAUUUUAUUUGAGUAUAAUUUUAAGUACUACGAGAAUGUAUUAUUAUUACCUAUUAUAUAUGAUUGAAUUAUUAUCCGAAUAUUAUUAUUAUUAAUAUUAUUAAUAUUAUUAUUAAUUAUUAUUAUUCUAUAAUCCUAACAUCGUGUAAUUAUUCACUCCCCAUGGUCGUUACUUCAAUAAUUGUUCUCGCGUCCGCUGCCCGAUCGCCGGUCGACGCAUCGCCCCGAAGACGUCGCGACGCUUCUCGCUCCCUUCUUUCUCUCGCGUUUGCUCCUCUUUCGUCCUUUCUUUUUUAUUUUGUCUUUUCUUCGUUUUCUUCUCCGGUAUUGCAAAAUAUGUGUACGUGGAUACACACAGGAACACGCACGCACGCACUCGGAUUGACGCUCUUCGUGUGGCGUAGUGUCGACCAUUAGGAGUUCGCAAAGGGACGGGGGCAUCUCUUCGCUACCCGCAUGUCUUUCAUUGUACAGAUUUUUUCACUUUUAUAGUUAUGAAUAUAUCGUAACGUUAUGAAACGUUGAUUGCGGCGGUGUCAUUAUGUGUCGCCGUAUUAUUACUGUACUUGAUAUUUUUUUUAUUUUAUUGAAUAAAUGUGAACACACCGAAUGUAUAUGGAGACGUUCGGGUGAUUCUUCGAGCGCA